GGCGCUCGGGAGGCGGCGGGCGCAGCCAUGUGCCAGGCGGGCGAGCACUACGCGGAGCCGGCGCCCCGGGAGCCCCCGCCGGCGCCCAGGCCGGGCCGGGCGCAGAAGUGCGUGAAGUGCCGGGAAGGCCUGCCGGUGGUGGUGAUCCGAGCGGGCGACGCCUUCUGCCGGGACUGCUUCAAGGCCCUCUACGUGCACAAGUUCAGAGCCAUGCUGGGGAAGAAUCGGCUCAUCUUUCCUGGUGAAAAGGUGCUCUUGGCAUGGUCUGGGGGUCCUUCAUCCAGCUCCAUGGUCUGGCAGGUACUUGAGGGCCUGAGUCAGGAUUCUGCCAAAAGACUACGUUUUGUGCCAGGGGUUGUCUACGUUGACGAGGGAGCAGCCUGUGGUCAGAGCCCAGAGGACAGAGCAAAGACUCUGGCUGAGGUGAAGUCAGUCCUACAGAACAUCGGCUUUCCGUGGCACACAGUUGCUUUGGAAGAGGUGUUUGGCCUGCCACCAGCAGUGCUGCAGGGCUCUGCCCAGGAGCCAGUGGGGACGGAGGAGGCCUACAAGUCUGCUGUGGACAGCUUCCUCCAGCAGCAGCAUGUGCUGGGUGGGGAACAGACACACCAGCCCCACACCCAGGACUCCCCGGGGCCCUGCAGCCUGGGCAGGUCCCCCACAGCCACCCAGACUGCGGCCCUCUGCAGACUGUUUGACUCUGUGAGGACGCUCACAGCCAAGGAGGAGCUGCUUCAGACCCUGCGGACCCACCUCAUCCUGCAUGUGGCCCGAGUCCAUGGCUACUCCAAGGUGAUGACCGGUGAUAGCUGCACUCGCUUGGCCAUUAAGCUCAUGACCAAUCUGGCCCUGGGGAGAGGGGCCUUCCUGGCUUGGGACACGGGCUUCUCGGACGAGCGGCAUGGGGAUGUGGUGGUGGUGCGCCCCAUGCGAGACCACACGCUGAAGGAGGUUGCCUUCUACAACCGCCUGUUUGCUGUCCCCUCUAUCUUCACACCAGCCAUUGACACCAAGGCCCCUGAGAAGGCCAGCAUCCACCGGCUGAUGGAGGCCUUCAUCCUGAGGCUGCAGACCCAGUUCCCCUCGACCAUCAGCACUGUGUACAGGACAAGUGAGAAGCUGGUAAAGGCCCCCCGGGAGGGCUGUGCUGCCGGCCCCACAGGGCCCCGCUGUCUCCUGUGCUUGUGUGCGCUGGACGUUGACACUGAUGACAGUGCCACAGCUUUUGGAGCUCAGACCUCGCGUCUCUCCCAGACACUGCUGUCCACCCCGCCAACUGAGGCUGGGACAACCACAGGGCCUGGCUGCGUUGCAGGGGAGGGCCAGGCCUGCUGCAGGGCAGCCUGCAAGAAGGGUGUCCAGGCCCAGGUCAUGGAACAGCUAUGCUAUGGCUGCCGGGUGAACAUGAAGGACCUGCCUUCUCUGGACCCUCUGCCCCCCUACAUCCUGGCCGAGGCCCAGCUCCGCAGCCAGAGGGACUGGGUCAUGCCGGAGGUCCAGGAGUACCUGAUCGAGGACAGUGACUCUGAGGUAGAAGAUGCGCUCGCCCAGCCCCCAGGAGCAAGGCUGACCACACAGGAGCAGGGAGGCGAGAAUACAGGGACUGGCCUGUGACUGUCCAUGUGUAUAAAUAAAAAUGUUUUUAAUU